CUGGCGACUGCACAGCCUGAUCAAGAUUGAUCACGUGUCUUCUCGCGACCGUGCUCUGGUCCCGCUCACUUCCGUCUGACUCGUGGUCAUGAACACUGUGAAGCUCAGGAAACGGAUUAGCGUUCUGGAUCGGUCGAUUUCCAUCCUUCAAGACCAGCUGCGUGUGCUCGAAGCAGAGAAAGCGGACCUCGCGACCCGGCUCUGUCGAUCCACGUACCUCGUCGAAACCCUACCUCCGGAGAUCACAGCCCAGAUCUUUAUGCACUACAUCGCUGCGCUGGAAGGACCCACCCUGGCCCCCGCCUUGCUCGGGGUGUGCCGUACAUGGCGACAGGUCGCAUUGGGCACCCCGGUGCUGUGGAACGACAUCUUCGUGUCCAGUGAUCACCCGCAGCCAGACGCAUUGCUGGAGCGCUGGGUGGAGCGCACGGGGCCCCGCAUUCCCUUAUACCUCGAGCUCAACACGACGUCGCGGACGAUGGAGCCACUGCUGGCCGUGGUGGGUGCGCACGCGACGCGCUGGCGCUGCGUGGCGCUGCGUAUGUCCAUUCCGUGCACGUUUGGCCUAGCCCCGAGCGAUGGAUCGGGAUCAUGGGACAGCCUGGAGGAGCUGGAGGUGCUCGCGGGCCCGCGGCACGCGGCGGUACUGAGUCCUGUGACGGGCCUGUUCCGCGCGCCGCGGCUGCGCCGGGUGCGCGUGGAGGUGUUCCCCGCAACCCAGCUCGUGCUGCCGUGGACACAGAUUACAGCCCUGACGCUCCUCGAGCAGUCGCUGGCGCAGUGCCUUAUGAUCAUCUCGCAGACGCGCCAGCUGGAAGCUCUUCACGUGUCGCUGACAAACCGGCACACCCGCCACCGCCCGAUCUCGCUGGUGCUGCCUGCACUGCGGCGGCUCACGAUCGAGGAUGAUGCGGUGCCGUCGAUCCUCGGGUACAUGACCCUGCCACAGCUCACGGACCUCGACGUCGGAGGCCAUGUCGACGGAGUGAUCCCGCUCGUGAUGCGUUCAGAGUGUACAAUCACCCACCUCCGCCUGUCUGAAAUGGAUCUGGACAGUCAAGCCGUUUACGGGUGCCUCAGAGCGCUGCGGGCGGUCACGCACCUCGUGGUGUCGUCGCCGGAGCCGGAAUUUUUCCCGGACUUCCUGCGCAUCUUCGCUGCCGCUUCCUACCACACGGAAGACCCACCAGUGAUACUGCUGCCCCUGCUGCAGUCAUUUGUCGUCGAGGAAUGCGACUCUGUGCUUGAAUUGGAAAGCAUCCUGCUCUUACUCGAGGCGCGCUGCAAACAGCGGCAGGGCUAUGCGUUGCCCACCGCCUUGCUGCGAACCUUUUGUGCGACCUUCUCGAAAGAUUGCGUGGACGAGGACGAGCAAUUCAAGGACGCAAUACUCGCCAUCAAAAAUCUGGUGCGCGAGGGCCUCUCGCUCCAAAUCGAUAUGCCUUGGCACUGGCAAUCUCACGAGUUGAACUGGCAUAUGAUUCAGGAAUUGAAACGGCCGGACUAAUACAGUACUCGACACCCCCUAUGGGUAAUACUUAUCACGAUCAAGUGUUCAUUCAGGUCACAGGUCACCAUGGCCUCUUGGCUGACUUUUGGAUGAGCUCAAAAUUCGAGAUAAAGAAAAAGAAAAAUCUUUGGUUCCUAAAUUUCGAAACUAUUUUGAACACUUGGACAUCGUGGCAUCACACAUAACAUAUUCUAUGUAUUGUGACCAAAGAUGAUGCUGACCCGAUAUGUCACAUAUCAGCGCAAACCCGUCCUGAUACCACAGAUACUAUUGAUGACCCAGAUCUGCAAACGCACCCUGAUCUGCAAUCCGUGAUAAACACACAUUUCCUGGGCUUCCACAUCCCUCAUUCUGUCCCGGAUGGUCUCCC